CUCUUCCAGUCAAAACGGAGCCAUAUGAGAGGUGAACCUGCUUGCUCGCGGUCACAUUGUGGUGGUCAGCUAACGGAGGCAUAUUAUCUUGCGAUGAUAUCAGCUAGCUUGCUGGCUAGUAAGCUAACUUAGUUUGUCACCGCAGUUUUAACAAGUAAUACGUUAGCUAGCUAGCUAGCUAGCUGACUGUCUGGCUAGGCCGAUGUUGCUGGCGGAGAAGGGGGUGAAUUUAUUGUCUUCCAUCAUGUCGAAGUCGCUCCGUUAAUUUUAGCUAGCACUGCAGGCUAGCGCAGCUAACGGUUAUAACGGCAAGCAAAGCGUGACUAAUCGGUCUGUUGUUUGAAAAACAAUACAAAUGGAGCAGUGGCAGGACGCGGCCUCUCAGCAGGUCAAGCUGCUUACAAAUCGUAUGAAUGAACUGUUGUCCAGAGGUCUGGGGCUGCUGCGCUCCGAACUUGGUGUGGAUUUGGGACUGAAGCCUGAGCUUAUUCCGCCAUGGGUGAUCCUCUUAGCGGCAUGUAGCGGGCUGGUGCUGAUGGUCGCUCUGUGGGCCUCAGCCUGCCGGUCUCUCUUCAAAAAACGACCCGCUGUAUUCCCCGUAGACGACGGCAUUGAAGUAAAGCGGGGUCUCGGUAAACCUGGCAAAUCUGAGGAACCGAAGAAAAAGAAGAAGAAGGCAGAAAAGAAAGCCCAACCAAAUGGAAGAGCUGUUGCUGAACCACAGGAAGAAGCCGUAGUGUCAGAAGAGAUAGUGCCACAUCACCAGCCGCCCCCACCUGAAGUCAAGGCUGAAAAGGUUGCAGAGUUAAAGAAGUCAAAGAAGAAGGCCAAACAGGCUGUAAAGGAGACCAAGACAGUGACUGCUGAUGGCAAAGAACCAGAAGAAGGCACGUGGGAGACCAAGGUCAGCAACAAGGAGAAGCGUGAACAACGCAAGAAGGACAAGGGUUCCAGUGAUGGCUCAGCUAGUCCUGGAGGGGGGAACACACCUGUGAGCGCUCCCCCAGAGCAGCCCAAGGCCUCUGCAGCCCCCGCAUCUGCCAGCCAAAAGAAGAAAAAAGGAGAAUCCGCAAAAGUGAAGCCAGACAAGGUUGAAGCUGUUGUAUCUCUAGUUAACAGCAGUGAGGUGGUGGCGGCUGGUGUGACUGACAUGGCUGUAAAGGUUCUGACUCCCACUGUUGCUUCAAAGACGGUCCCCUGGACAACCAGUAGAGAACCAGCAUCCCUGUGGAGAGCAGAGAUCGAUGAGUCGUGGACUGUGAUUGACCGGGGGAUGCCCACAACAGAGCUAAAUCUGGUGUCUUUAGCUGGACUGGGUGUUGGUACUGCUGUUGAGCCCCAGCCUGUGAGCGAGCUGCCCUGGCUCAGUCAGCCCAGAGGGGACGAUGAGUGGUCUGGACUCAAUGGUGGUUCGGUCGAUCCUUGCUCUGAUUGGAACGCCCCUUCUGAAGCCUGGGGCAACUAUGAAGAGCCCACUCCUGAGCCCCCUCCCGCUUCGGAGCAGCCCCUCCCUGAGCCCGCCAAGGUGAACCUGUUGAUUGGAGCAGCUGACGAUGAUGACGAUGAGAAGGACAAGGGAGAGACUGCUGCUGAUGGAGCAGCCAAAACUAAAAAGAAGAAGAAGAAGAAGAAGAAAGCUGCAGAGGAGGGAGGAAUUUCUGGCCAGGGCGAUGAGCCAGAGAAGGAGGCGCCACCUGCAGCCUCGGUGAAGAAGCAGGAGAACGCUGCUGCUGCUGCUGUCCAGCCUGUCAGAGCUGCUGCUGUCCAGGCCAGAGUGGAGCAACCAGUGAAGGACAACAUAUCCCAGAAACCCCCUGUAACACAAGUGCCACAGAAGCCAACUGAUGGAGAGCCCACUGCCAAGCAGAACAACCUUUCUGCUCCAACACAACAAAAAAAACCUGAGGAGAGCCAAGCGCCUAAGCCGGCAAAGAAGAAAAAGGCGAGGAGAGAAACAUGAGACGGAGUCCAUUCUGCAGACCGCUGUAUGCAAAAGACUUGAUAUCCUGUUUAUGCAACACCUUUUGUGACAAGAACUUUGAACUAAGGUCUUCAUGAUGGACUUAAACCUUAAAACCUAGUCUGGAAAAUGAAAGAACUUUUAUACCCGCCAAGCUCAGUCGAUGAAUCAUUGAAAACUGAACCUAGAUGCAGUGCAAUCUAAUGUAAUGCGUUGUUAAUGAUUUUUAAGUAUGCAUUUGAUACGGUUGACUGUCUUCUAAUUCCACUGAAUCAAAUUAACUGAUUGAAAGAGCUGUAUUGAUGUAAUUAGAUGUAGAAAAUACUGAUCAUGUUUAGAAAUGUGAUGUUGUGGUGGCUAACGAGAGGAGUUUACUGUGUAGAGAAUGAAAAUGGUCAACAUGCUUCAGGUCACACACAACACUGGGCCAUAAUGUUAAAUUGGCUUUUGCUUUGGCAGUAAUCUUAUUAAUUAUUAUUCUUUUUUUGCUUUUACAUUUGAGUCAAGAUGGUACAGUGAUCGCAGUUUGGUGAAAAAGAGCUGAGUGAUCAAAUGGUUAUUUUAGGACGACCGCUCAACAGGGGUGUAAACCUUUGUGACAAAUGAGACAUGAGCAUGGUUGCGUGCAGAAAAGAGAAACCUGUCCGCUCUGUAUUUUUGCAUUCUUAUCUGUGACUACAAUAUUUCAAUUGACUCAGUCCAUCUGGUUUGUCCCUUGUCUGAUGUUGCGCCGCAGUGUUUCGAGACAACGGUUUCCUUGCUGUUUUUACUAUCUGUGACUGCUCUGUGGCCAGAGCCUCGUGGGAGCCUGUGAUUGUAGAUGUACCAUCGCAGUGUCGUCAGCCUCUUCAUGAUUUUCCACCUUUUGAUUUAAAGUCUUCACUACCUUUUGUAAAAUCUGUUUGUAAUAAAAGAAAAGCUAAAGCCAUAUGUAAAAAGACUAAAUAAAGGCCAGUUUUUCUAUA